GGAUGGAGCCGGGGCAGAACUGGGAGGAGUCCAAUAGAACGGGGAUAGAGCUGGAAGGGGUCCAGUAGAACCGGGAUGGAGCCGGGACGGCUCCGGUAGAACCGGGAUAGAAGCAGGGAUGGGGCCGGUGGAGCCGGAAUGGAGCCGGUACAGAGCCGGGACGGGUCCAGUUGAACCGGGAUAGAGCCGGGGAUGGGGCAGGUAGAACCAGGAGAGAGCCGGGACGGGGCCGGUAGAACCGGGAUGGAGCCAGGGAUGGGACCGGUACAGAGCUGGGGCGGGUCCGAUAGAACAGGGAUGGAGCCAGGGAUGGGGCAGGUAGAACUGGGAUGCAGUCGGGAUGGAGCUGGAACGGGGCCAGUAGAACUGGGAUAGAGCUGGGAGCGGGAGCAGUAGAGCCGGGACGUGGCCAGUGGAGUCGGGAGUGGGACUGGUGGAGUUGGGAUAAAGCUGGAACGGGGCCGAUGGAGCCGGGACAGAGCCGGGAUGGGGCUGACAGACCCCCCCGGGGCCGCAGGGCCGCCCCUGCCAUCCCGUUUCCCUCCCCACAACCUGAUCUCUCCCUUACUGGGAAGACCAGGACUACUGGGGAGCAGCUCCUCUGCCCCCUCCACCCUCCUCAGGGGUCCGGGGGGUGCUCGGGCCCCCUCUGAGCCCCCCAGCCCCCUGCCCACGGCAGGCAGCGGCGUCACCUCCGUCCACGUGGCCGGGCUGGCGGUGGCAGCCCCUGGGCUGCACCUGGGCUCUGCCCACUGGCUCCCGGUUCCGACCGGGAAGCUGGGAUGGGGACAGCCUGGAGCCCCCCCAGUCAGCACAUCGACGAGCCGGGGGUGCCGCAGGGAUGAGGCCGAGGUGCUGCCUGGGGGGCUCCCGGCCGCGCCGCCCCAGUUUUCCUGGGAAUGCCUGACUGCCGUUCCCGUUGCAGGCCUGUACGGCAGGGAGGGGAUCCUGCCGGCCCGCAGGGUGCUGCGGCUCAGCGGGAAGGGGCUGUGGGAGCAGCUCCGGGAUUCCCCCACCCUGCUGUGGCUCAGCCCGCGCCUGGGGCUGGACACGGAGCAGGGCAUGGAGCUGCUGUGCCUGGUGGGCAUCCUGGCGUCCCUCGGAGCCCUGCUGUGCGAGUCCAUGCGGGAUUGCCUGGUCUUCGCCCUGCUCCGGGUGCUCUACCUGUCCCUCUACCAGGUGGGACAGGUCUUCCUGUACUUCCAGUGGGACAGCCUGCUGCUGGAGACGGGGUUCCUGGCUGUGCUUGUGGCCCCCCUGCGCCUGCUGAGGGGGGGGUCCCCCUCCUGGAGACCCCACGACCCCGUCACCUUCUGGGGGGUGCGGUGGCUCCUCUUCCGCCUCAUGUUCGCCUCGGGGGUCGUGAAGCUGAGCAGCCGCUGCCCCACCUGGUGGGGGCUCACAGCGCUGACGUACCACUACGAGACGCAGUGCAUCCCCACGCCGGGGGCCUGGCUCGCCCACCAGCUGCCCGUGUGGUUCCAGAAGCUCAGCGUGGUGGCCACCUACGUCAUCGAGGUGGCCGUGCCCGUGCUCUUCUUCGCGCCCCUGCGCCGCCUGCGCCUCUUCGCCUUCUACUGCCAGGUCCUGCUGCAGGUGCUCAUCAUCCUCACGGGUAACUACAACUUCUUCAACGCGCUCACCAUCGUCCUGGCCUUCUCCCUGCUGGACGAGGAGCACGUGGGGCGCUGGCUGGGGCGCCCCAAGAAGCGGCAGGGCAGCGCCUGGCCUCCCAGCCUGGGCUCUGUGCUGGCCACGCUGCUGGAGCUCAACACCUACGGGCUCCUGCUCUACUGGACCGUGCAGUACUUCGGCCUGGAGAUCAACUGGGACAAGAAGCUGCUGGACUCCAAAGUGGCCUUCACCUACCACGAGUUCACAACGUGGCUGCGGACGGUGACGCUGCCGCUGGUGGGGGUGGCCUUCCUGUCCCUGUCCUGGGAGAUCCUGCUGGCCAUGUACCGCUGUGCCUGUGUCCGUGGAUGCUUCUGGAAGCUCUGGGCCACCCUCCAGUGGGCCAUCAUGGCCACGGCCACCGUCAGCUUGUUCGCCGUCAGCCUGGUGCCCUUCACCUACAUCGAGCACGAGUCCAACGGGAAGCUGUGGCCUGGCAUCCACCGGCUGUUCGGGGCGGUGGAGCGGUUCCAGGUGGUGAAUUCCUACGGGCUGUUCCGCAGGAUGACGGGGGUCGGGGGGCGGCCCGAGGUGGUGCUGGAGGGCAGCUACGACGGGCACAGCUGGACGGAGAUCGAGUUCAUGUACAAGCCCGGGAACGUGAGUGCGGCGCCGGCCGUGGUGGCCCCGCACCAGCCCCGCCUGGACUGGCAGCUCUGGUUCGCUGCCCUGGGGCACCACCACGGCAGCCCCUGGUUCAGCGCCCUGGUGCUGCGGCUGCUGCAGGGCCAGCGUGACGUGAUCCGGCUGGUGCAGGUGGACGAGUCCCGGUACCCGUUCAGCGCCCGCCCGCCCACCUUCCUGCGGGCCCAGCUCUACAAGUACUGGUUCACGGGCCCCUCGGAGGGCAGCCCGGGCCCGGCGCCGUGGUGGCGGCGGCAGCACGUCCAGGAGUUCUUCCCCACCGUGUCCCUGGGAGACCCCACGCUGGAGAGCCUGCUCAGCCAGCACGGCCUCAAGGACAAGCCCCCCGUGCGGCGCCGGUCUGACGCGGCCCUGCCGCGGCUCCUGGGCUGGGUUCGGGGCCUGGCCCGGCCCUUCUCGGGCCCCGCCCUGCUCUGGACCCUCUACCUGGUGGCCGCCACCGUGGGGGGGCUGCGGGCCCUGGGCCCCCGGGCACGGGGGGGGCCGCCCCCCGCCCGCCACAAGGCCCGGGGGGAGCGGGGGGAGCGCAACGGGGUGCGGGGAGAGGGGCGGGGCCGGGCGGGGGGCGAGGGCCACGGGGAGGGGCGGCCCGGCCCCAAGAAGAAGAAGUAGCGCCCGCAGCCCCCCGCCCGUGUGCCAGCCCCGGGGGGGCCCUGGGUGGGGGGUGUCAAUUGGGCCCCGCCCCGGGGGGCUCCCGGUGUUCUCCCCCCAGUGCCUUCAGCACAGUGUGGCCAUGCGGGGGGGACCCUCCCCACUGCCUUGGGGACCCCUCCCCACUGCCCAGGGACCCCUUGGGGACCCCUCCCUGCAGCCUGGGGACCCCUCCCCGCUGCCCAGGGAUCUCUUGGGGACCCCUCCCUGCGACCUGGGGACCGCUGGGGACCCCUCCCCGCUGCCCAGGGAUCUCUUGGAGACCCCUCCCCGCUUCUUGGGGAGCACUCCCUGCAGCCCAGGGACUGCCGGGGACCCCUCCCUGCUGCCCAGGAAGCCCUUGGGGACCCCUCCCCACAGCCUGGGGACUACUGGGGACCCCUCCCCACUGCCCGGGGACCGCUCCGGGCCCCACAAGGGCAGGGGGGUUCGAUGCGGCUGGGGGUGCUCAGCACAGAUGGGGGGCUCCUUGCCAGCAGGAUGGAGCAGUUUGGGCAGUGCCAACCCUCCUCCUUACCCUGCCCAGCCCCUCAGGUGCCCCCCGGGCAGUUUGGGGUGGCUGCCCCCGUGUCCCCCACCCCGAUGGGCUCUGCCCAUCCCACGCUUCCCCCCCCGGCUCAGCCCCAAGCUCAGAGGUCCAGAGGUUUCCUAUAAUUUUCUAAAUAAAGCCUUUGACAUUCCAG